CGCUGUUCCAGCUCAAUGCCUGCGUCAUCACUAACCACGAGCUGCUGUCAGAGUACCCUGUCUGUCUUAGGGAAGAAACAAUGACGACGUCAAAAAGUCGUGCGGUUUUUACAGCUGUAUUUGUGGCUUUGUCGUACUGUUAAAAGUCGCUGUUUUAUGUGUCUAAUGGGCGCAUUGCCUAUUUUGUUGUGCACGUCGAACGGCAGUAAUUCCCUUUAGCCCCACCGAGCUAGCUGGCUAUGUAGCCCGAGAAGCUAACAAUGCAGGAGAGGAAAUGAUAAACGCCUUCAGCAAUCACUGCAGCGACUGUCAACCAGGUUUAAAAGGCGUCUGAGCAAGGAAAUCACCAGACCAUUCUGGACACUGGCCCUGAGCUGUUUCUGCUCAGCUACAGUAAUGUCAUUUAUUUCAUCUGCUUUCUCCCAGCUGUGACAUCAUGAAUCUCGUCCGCCUCGUGUGCCGCCACAAGACGGCCCUGGCACUUGGCGUCCUCUGCUUCUUUGCUAUGGUCCUCCUCUUCCUCGCCAAAUGCACCUCGGAGACGCUGAAGCCGGCUGACUCCCCAGGCAUGGCGCCACGGGCGGAAGCACGACAUGAGCGUCCACCAGCUCCUUCACAUGCCAAAGAGCUUUCCGCCUUCUUGGUGGUCCUCAUCACCACAGGGCCCAAGUACACGGAGCGGCGCAGCAUCAUCCGCAGCACCUGGUUGGCCAAAUCAGACCCAGAUGUUCUCGCAUUAUUUGUAAUUGGCACUGAAGGCCUGCCUCCGGAGGACAUCCAGAACUUGAGCACGGAGCAACUGCGGCACCACGACCUCCUGCUGCUCCCAGAUCUCCGUGACUCUUAUGAGAACCUGACGCGCAAGCUCAUCCACAUGUACUCUUGGCUGGACCGGAAGGUGGACUUCAAGUUUGUUCUGAAGGCGGACGAUGACACUUUCGCUCGCCUGGACCUUCUCAAAGAGGAGCUGAAGGCCAAGGAGCCCAGCCGCCUCUACUGGGGCUUCUUCUCGGGCCGUGGCCGCGUCAAAGCAGCUGGUAAAUGGAAGGAAAGCACCUGGGAGUUAUGUGACUAUUAUAUACCGUAUGCCUUGGGUGGUGGCUACGUGCUUUCCGCGGACCUGGUGCACUACGUUCACCUAAAUGCUGCUUUCUUGAAGACAUGGCAAAGCGAGGACGUUUCUCUGGGUGCCUGGCUGGCCCCCGUUGACGUGAAGCGCCUGCACGACCCUCGGUUCGAUACUGAAUACAAGUCGAGGGGCUGCAGUAAUAAAUAUCUGGUCACGCACAAGCAGAGCUUGGAGGACAUGCUGGAGAAGCACCAGACUCUGCAGAGGGAUGGACACCUGUGCAAGGAGGAGGUGAAGCUCCGCCUCUCGUACAUUUACGACUGGAGCGUGCCGCCCUCGCAGUGCUGCCAGCGCAAAGACGGCAUCCCUUGACCCACUCAAGAUGUUUGUUGCUAUUUAUUUAUUUAUUUAUUUAUCAAUCUAUCAGUGUUGUCCGUGCUUGACCAACCAGCAGCUUACAUGGACCUUUUUUUGGGGGGGGUUUCUAAGUUUACAUUCCGUGCGGGAAAUUUAGAAAUGUUUUCUUUUUCUAAAUCUAGUUAUGAUGACUGAGCUAGUUGCUUACUCUGGAUGUGUAAAACUCCUUGUCUUUGUCUUUCUGACAUAUUGUACAAGGCUUUGGUAUUAUUAUUGUUAUGGUAUAAAAAAAGGCCUUGAAGAGAAAUUAUUCAACUUCUGUUACACCUUCUUCCCUCCGCCUUGCUAGGCACAGAUUGUUCAACCAGAUGUUGUCUGUUUUGAUAACAAAUUCAAUGCUGAUUUCACUUGGAACCAAUAAGAUUAAACUUGUAAACAAGCAAGCGAGCUCCAUAAAAAUAAGCAGGCCAUAUCAUGUGUUAAUUAGUCAAAGCUGCUAAACCUGGCAAACGGAGACUCGCUCCCUUUUUUGAGUGUUGGAAGAAUUAGCUGUUCAAUGUAAAUGCUUUAUGCCAGCGUGCCCUCACAAUAACCUUCAGAUGUUACUACUGAGCAGUAGA